AUGGAUUGCUCAAUCACCUCGCGCGUGAACACCUCCGCGUUGAAAUCUCGCUCGGUGUCUCGCCAAUCCGCGCGCGCUUCUUUCGUCGUCAAGGCGCAAAGAGACGUGUGGUGGCCUGGAGUCGACGCGCCGGCGCACUUGGACGGCUCCUUGCCGGGCGACUUUGGCUUCGACCCGUUGGGCUUGUCCGUUGACCCGGAAAUGAAGAAGUGGAUGGUCCAAGCCGAACUCCAACACGCCAGAUGGGCGAUGCUUGGUGUUGCCGGCAUGGUUGGCCCGGAUUUGGCCCCGUGGGAUACUCCGUCCUGGAUUGAGGCUGGUAAGUUUGAAUACUGGGCGCCGGCUGGUCCGUUGUUCUUCAUCCAAAUGGCGAUGAUGAACUGGGCUGAAGUCAGACGCUGGCAAGACAUGAAGGACCCGGGGUCCAUGAACAAGGAUCCGUUGUUUGGCUACAACGCGAACGACACGAACACGGACGUUGGUUACCCGGGUGGCUUGUUUGACAAGCUCGGCUACGCGAAGAAGGAUUUGGACACGUUGAAGUUGAAGGAAAUCAAAAACGGUCGUUUGGCGAUGGUCGCCAUUGCCGGCUGCUUCGUCCAAGGCGCGACGACUGGUGUGUCUCCGUUGACCAACUUGACCUCGCACAUCGCGAACCCGGGUGCCGUGAACAUCUUCAACUAA